CUCGGGGUUAGACAAAUUAAGUUGUGAUUUGUUAUACAAGUAGUCAUGUUAACUUUGAACGAGUUGGAUCAUUUUGUCACCCAACCCACGUAUUUUCACAGUAUGUACAGGUGCGUAUGGUAAUUGGUAAACCUAGAAAAGGAAUUAAGACGCCAAAUGCAACAACUUUCCCAUGCAGAUCGAGAACUUAUUAUAAAGGUGUUUGAUAUAUAAUCAGAUGCUAAUAGGUAGAGAGAUAAUAGAAGAAAAGAAUAAAAAAAUGGGGUAUUGUCCAUGCUUCCGUAGCAAGAAAAAGGGGAUCAACUUGAAAACCAAGCUAAGCAACAAUUACGUCCCUAUUGAAGCCGCCCCCACUACCCCUAUCAAGUCUGAUCAUCCAGAUAAUGCGGUCAAAUAUAGCACAGUCUUGGAACCCAAACAGAAAGUAUCGAUAUCAAAAGACGGUUCUCCUCCGAGAAGCAACCUUCCAACUUUCUCGUACCGGGAUCUUGCAACUGCGACAAACAAUUUCAGGCGAGAAUCCAUUAUUGGGGAAGGUGGCUUUGGGCCAGUAUUCAAAGGGCAGCUUGAGACUGGCCAGGUUGUGGCUGUUAAGAAGCUAAAUCAUUCAGGUCUUCAAGGGGAUAAGGAGUUCUUUGUGGAGGUUCACAUGCUUUCACUGCUGCAGCACCCUAACCUGGUUAAUCUAAUUGGUUACUGCAUUGAAGGAGAGCAACGCCUUCUUAUCUAUGAAUUCAUGCCUCUAGGAUCUCUGGAGUAUCAUCUCCACGAUAUGACGCCUGACAUGGAGCCAUUGGAUUGGGAUACCAGGAUGAUAAUAGCAUCUGGGGCUGCCAAAGGCCUUGAUUACCUUCACAACCAAGCUGAUCGUCCUGUUAUCUACAGGGACCUUAAGUCAGCAAACAUAUUAUUGGGUGAGGGUUUCCAUGCUAAACUUUCUGACUUUGGUCUUGCAAAGUUUGGUCCAAGUGCAGACGAUACACAUGUUUCAACUCGGGUUAUGGGCACUCAUGGAUAUUGCGCACCUGAGUAUGCUGGAACUGGAAAACUGACUAUGAAAUCAGACAUAUAUAGUUUUGGUGUGCUCUUGUUGGAGCUAAUUACUGGAUGUAGAGCAAUGGAUAACACUCGCGAACAUGGAAAAGAAAUGCUUGUUGACUGGGCACGUCCUAUGUUGAAAGACCGCAUGAACUUUGUACAAUUAGCGGAUCCAAUGUUAAGAGGCAAGUUUCCACAAUCUGUUUUCCGCAGGGUAGUAGAACUGGCGUUAAUGUGUGUUCAGGAUGAUCCCCACGCUCGACCUCACACGAAAGACAUUGUGCUUGCUUUCAGUUACUUUGCAUCCCAAAAGCAUGAUUCACAUGCUGCUCAGUCAAAUCAGAUUGGAUCUCAGGGAGAAGAACUAACAAAUGGGAGCCCUGUUGAUUUUAAUGGAGCUGGGAUCGAUGUAAAGGAAAUGAGAGCUUUGAACAAGGAUCAAGAGCGGGAGCGAGCUGUUGCUGAGGCCAAGCAGUGGGGCGAGACCUGGAGAGAGAAAGGGAAACAAAAUGUGGAAGAUGAUUUUGAUUAUAAAUCAAGGUGGUGAUUGCAAGUUAGUUUCCUUGACAGAGAACUUCGAGGUUCUACGUAGAUUGAUAUUCUGAGAUUACCAUAAAUUCUAGAGCAGCAGGAACAUUUUGUUUCAGGUGAAGUAACUUCCGAUCACCAUAGGGGCUCUUUGUUAGGUGCUGUCACUCUGUCAAAAUUUGAAAAAGUUAACGUCAGAAAAAAUCAAGGGGACUCAACGCAUGAUAUAUAUACGUAAAAAGAUUUUCUAUUACCGAACGAAAUUGACACCCCUUUGAUACAUGUGGCUCCACUGCUGGCGAGUAUGAAUAACCUAUACAUGUGGCUCCGCCACUGGCGAGUAUGCAAUGGUUAUUCGCAUACAUUGUGGUAAAAAAUUUCAACCCUGAUUAAUGAUUUGUCCGUAUUGAUGUAUUUGUUAGUUUUGUUAUGCUUGAUAUAAUAAUUUAACGCUCAGAAUAAUUCAAUAGAGACAGUGACACAAUGGUGGAUGACAUUUAUCAUUGUUGAGACGUUGAGUAAUUAGAUUUUGCUUCUGCCUGUCACGUUAAUCUUAUUCAACUACUAACCAAAUUACCAAGAUGUUUGUUGGAAGAUUAUGCUGCAUUAAAAUAAAGCUAACCGCAUGGAUUAAGAUUCAGGAGUAAACUCUUAGGGGUCGUUUUGUUUUGAGACAAGUUAUGUGGAGAUUAAUACUGUAGGAAUUGUACUUAGAGGGUAGUAAGGUAAUGUAAGUAUGAAUUAUUCAUACAGG